UUCACGAGAACCGGUCCAACCGGACGGUUUGGACAAAGCAAUAACUUGAACUCGGGGGGUCCGGCAUUUGGGAUCUGGGGGUUUUUAAGCGCGAAGGCAUUUAGGUAUCGAGAUCCCGUUCUCCCCUUCCUCCACACUCCGAGGUCUGCACUCGCGACCUCGAGGGCUCGAACUCAAGGUUCGACAGUGUUGGACGCCGCCGGCAGGAAGAUUAGACAGCAACCUACAUGUCUACUAAUACAGAGGAGGCCAGGAAGGCUUAUGCUGAAUUUGAGGAGAAAGUGAGGAGGACGGUGUUCCUCGACAAUCUUUCUCAUAAGGUUACACCUGCUGUCAUCAAAAUGGCGCUUGGUCAAUUUGGUAAUGUGGUCAAUGUAGAGUUUAUCCCAAACUACACAAUACCUUAUAAUAUCCCACAGUGUGCUCUGGUGGAAAUGGAGGAUGCAAAGCAGGCUAACUCCAUAAUCACUGAGAUGACCGACUUUCCGUUCAUGAUGUCUGGGAUGCCAAGGCCUAUCAGGGCCCGGCGCGCCAAGGCAGAGAUGUUUGCCGACCGCCCUGCACCACCUGACAGGAAGAUAGAAGUUCGUUGGGUGGACCCGUCUGAUCCAGAUUUUCAGGUGGCGAAGAAGCUUAAGGAAAUGGUCGUGAGACACAAGGCAGAAACUUUGGCCUUGGUUAAGCUUCAACUGGAAGAAGAGGAGAAGCUUGCAAUGCAGCAGGCAGAAUUGCUGAAGUCUAACUUCAAGAAGUUUGAGAUGAUAGAAAAUAUCAUGCAAGAUGGAGCUGCCUCCUGCUUGGCUCGCCAUUACGGUGUUAAACUCGCUGAUGAGUGAGCACUAUUGUUGAUUUAAGGCAUUUCAUAGUUUGUAUGGAUCAUUCUGAGUGAAUUCUUGAAGCAUCUGUACAGUUGAUAUGGAUAUGGAACUAUUAUGUUGGGUAGUUGCGUUAUGGCUUAUUAGGAAUAUAGAAGAAUACAAUGUUACAUAUUGCAUCAAUCAAUCAAACUGUGUCUUCUCAAGUGUUUUCUUA